AUCCCUCUGUUCCGGGUCCGGUUACUGUGCAUAAGCCAUACUUAUGCACGGUGCAUAAGUAUGCUUCAUACACCCCCUCCUUUGUCAUACACCCCCAAUUCCAAAACUCAUCUCCACAGCCCAACUCCUUUGCGGCCCUCUCCAAACGAAAACGAAAACGAACAUCACCCUCGCCAUUUUCAUCACCAUCGCAUAAACGGAAACCAUUUUCAUCAUCACCGUCGCCAUCAACAUCACCCUCGCCGGAAAUCAUCAAAACCCAUCAAAGCUCAACAUCAUCACCAUCGCCAUCAUCAUCAACGCAUAAAUCAUCUUUCAUCGCCAUCAUCCUCGCCGGAAAUCAAAGUCCAACAUCACUGUAUCAUCAUUAUCAUCAAAAUGAAACGAAAUCAGAUCAUGACACCAGCACUCAUUGGUAAUCCAGGAAGUCACUAUGUGUGCUUUGUUGUUAAUUUCAAAAGCUGCACAUUCCAAUUCUUGAAUAGCAUUAAUGGAGAGAGGUUCCUUGUGAAGUCAGGAGAACCAACCACUUACAAGAAGAUGUUUGAUGUCUGGUUUAAGGAAGUCGAGGCAUUUGUCAUAGAAUUGUCACUAUGUCUGGUUUUAGAGUUGUACUCUAAAACCAUUUAACCAUUUAGCUGGUAGAAUGGUUUCAGAGAGAUGUACUCUGAAACCAUUUUGCUGGUAGAAUGGUUUCAGGUAGUUGAUGUUUAAUUGUUGCUUCCUAAACCAUUUUGCUGGUAGAAUGGUUUCAAAUGAUUAUGUACCAGUUACAUCCUUAGUUUAGGCCAUUUGGAGGAACUACAAAAUUAACAUCAGUUCAUUUACCAUUUGGUAGAAUGGUAGAAUGGUGUCAUGGACAAUGCUUCUUAAUAAUGCACUUCUUCUUAAAGUAUGAUUUAUUUUUGACAAUUUUGCGCAAAGGGAUUGAUAUAUGUUGUUUUUACUUGUAGGCUUGAUGCUACUUGCAUCUCUUGGAAGCGAAUGCGAGGAAACUAUGUUAAAACAAUUGAUGUUGUUGGAGUUUGGCAAGAGAACAAUGUUGUUGAAACUGAAAAGACCAUUGAAGCUCUUAAAAGAGUUGCAUAGUAAAUUUAGAAAAGUUCCCAGAAUUGAUGUUAUUCUUGUUGUAUAAAUUGUUGUAGACCUUUGGAUGUAUUUAUAUAUUUUAAGUUAUUUUAUGUGUCAUCUUGGGUAGAAA